GGGAUAUCUUGAUGUCUUUUAUGAAUGAUCCAUAUUUGAAAUCUAUAGCUGCUACAUAUCGUUCUAUCUCGAGUGGGGAUUUGAUUCUUUCUCGUGAUUCUGAUUUUCUUGUGACGAGAGAAACUAAAUGUGUCUAUAUUGCCCAAAGGGAAUAUGCAACUGUGGAUCCUUCCCUUGUCGAUGUGAUUGGCACUGAUGGGCAGGGAGGUUGUGUUGGUGUGGUCAUACGAAACCCUAAAAGUGGAUUGAUCUCUGUUUCCCAUAUGGAUUUGCCAAGAGUUAUUGAUAAUGGCCUUACUCAGAUGUUAUCAUCCGUUAUUGAUCAAGAGAGCGAUGAAAUUUUGGAUGUGUUAUACAUAAUCCAUUACAUACAUAUACUUCGUCCGUUCUUUUUUAGUUGCAACAGUCCAUUUUUCACGUUUGUCAAUGCACAAGUUUGACCAUUAAUAUCUUUUACGGAGUAUUCCUUAUUAGUUAAAAAUUUUAAAAAAUUCAUACUAUGUAUUUUGAAAAUUUAGAAUGAGAAGAAUUUAAUACGAGU